AUGGGCGAUGCGAGCGAUACGGACAUGGCGGAGCAGCACGAGGACACAGACGCCGACUAUCGCUACACGGAACAGCAAGAGGACACGGACGGCGACUAUCGCAGCACGGAACAGCACGAGAACACGAACUCCGACUAUCGCUACACGGAGCAGCACGAGAACACGAAUGCCGGCUAUACUCUUACACAUCAGCGCCGAGUUUACUACGACGCGGGUCCCGCCAGUGGCGAUCCGGAGCAGCGGCAGGUGUAUUACGACACGGACGAAUCGCUUGCAGCGAGCGACGGCGACGACGAGGAGAGCGUUCUGGGCGACGACGACUUCGGAUUCUCAUGGCGCCGACGAGGCAGCCAGCGAGGCGGUACCCGGUCGUUCCAAGACAACUCCGACGACGAUAAUGAUCUCCUGGAAGGCCCGGAGGACGUGAGCGCGCGGCAGGUGCGGCGAGGGCGGGACAUUCAGGGGAUCCCGUGGGAGCGGCUGCACCUGAGUCGGGAGAAGUACCGCGCGAUGCGGCUGCAGCAGUACAAGAACUACAAGAACCUCGACGCGUCCUCGAUUCUCCGUUUCAUUCAUCUCCUCCUCGUUUUGCACCUCUUCUCUUCCUCCGGUUUCCCUCCUCCUUCUCCCUCCCCAGCCCCGUUCUCUUCUCACCCCUUCUGCCUGCCUUACCCCGCAUCUUGCCUCACCCUCCACCCUCCACGAUAUGGCCAAGUCACACUCGGCCUCCUCAAUUUACCCCUCUUCUUUCUCCGUCCCCUCUUCUUCCUCCUCACCCCUUCCCCUCUCCCUCCCCUCUGGCUCCUUCUUUCCUGCCUUAUCCCCCGUCUUGCCUGUCAAUUCUCCCAGGAAGUGCAGCAGGUGACGACGGGCAGCAAUCUCUACGAGUUCACGCACAACACGCGCGCAGUCAAGUCCACCAUCGUGCACUUCCAGCUGCGCAACCUCGUGUGGGCCACGUCAGCGCAUGACGUGUACUCGCUGCACCACCACGUCAUCAACCACUUCUCGCCACUCACGCGCAACUCCACCCCGGUCCUGGACCUCGGAAACCCCCUCGUCGCCAGGCGCAACGCCCCCCCUCACGCGCACGCGCCCAUAGCAGGCGCGCGGGGCGCAGCGGGCGCAGGGGGCGCGGGGGGCGCGGGGGGUGCAGUAGGCAGGGGGGAUCAGCGCAGCGGAGUGCAGCUGGAGCCCUCUGCGAGGGCGAUUUACACGGGGGCCAUGCCCUCCGCUGGAGGCUCCGCUGCUGCUGGGAGAAGCAACAGCAGUAGCAGCGGUACAGAGGAGGGCAGAGCGGUGCUGGGGAGAGAGGCAGAGGGACUGGCGCUUUCUCAACAGCAGCAGCAGCAGCAGGAGGGGGUGUGGGAGGCGGUGGAUCGGGUACAAGUGAGCACCAUGUGCGUCAGACACGGGCUGCUCGUAGCAGGGGGCUUUCACGGGGAGAUGGUCUGCACCAGGCUCGGCACAGGCUCGGAAGCGGACGCAGGCUCGGGGUCGGAAGCAGGAGUGGCGUUCACAGGGCGGGUCUCCCGGGAUCAGAGUGCCAUCACGAACGCUGUUGAGAUCUUCAGAGCUAACAGUGGAGCACUGAGCGUGCUGACGUCCAACAACGACUGUGUGGUGAGGGACUUCGACGUCGCCACCUUCUCCAUCCUCUCCCGCCAUGCCUUCCCCUGGCCCGUCAAUGUUGUAGCACGCAUGCAGGGCCACGUGGACUACUCCUUCGCUACAGCCUGGCACCCGGGCGGCAACCUCUUUGCUACGGGCAACCAGGACACCACGUGCCGUGUGUGGGACCGCCGGCGACUUGACUCCUCCCUGUUCACGCUCAAGGGGCGCCUGGGGGCCAUUCGGUCACUCAGAUUCACUAGCGAUGGCAGGUUCAUGGCCAUGGCUGAGCCAGCAGACUUUGUGCAUGUAUUUGACACGAGCAGCGGGUUCACCCGAGCACAGGAGAUUGACAUAUUCGGCGAGAUUGCGGGCAUAUCGUUUUCCCCCGAUACAGAGGCGCUCUUUAUUGGCGUGGCAGAUCGCACAUACAGUAGUCUCCUGGAGUACAGCCGCGCACACUCGUACGCUUAUCUUGAUGCUUGCAUUUAA